UUUGUGGCGAGAUGUACACACUGGCGACAGCAUGCACGUUGAGCAACAGCGGCAAAUUGUAAACAAUGCAAAAAAAGCGGAAAAAAAACGGCGUAGAUGUCUGGCAAUUAUCAAAAGCGACUGUGAUGUGUCUCCUAGCGACACCCCCACCGUCUACUUGGCCAUUCUGAACGUGGGACUCAGCAAUGGACUCACUGAGGAAAGGCUGCUCGAAGCGGCCGGCCAGACAGGGGGCAGCGUCUCUGAGGUGGCAAUGUUGGCUGGGAAAUCGUACUGUUUUCUCGUUUGUUCCACCCUGGAGGACUCCAAGCUUGUGUUCACGGGCAUGCACAAUGUGGCGACCAUCGGACAACUGGGAGCAGUGGCCUAUCUAAGCUAUGUCCAGGCAUUGCCUGCGCUGGCCGGCAAGAGUCAGUGGAACAAACCGCUGCCCAGUGGGCUCAUCGUGCUGCCAGACUUUGUCAGCGAGGCGGAGGAGGAGACGUUGCUUAAAUCCAUUGCCGACGAUGGUAGAUCCCACGAGGGCACCCUUAAACACCGGCACGUCAAGCAUUUUGGCUACGAGUUUCUGUAUGGCAGCAACAACGUGGACCCCACGCGUCCUCUGGAUCAAACUGUACCCCCCGCCUGUGAUUUUCUUUGGCCGCGAGUUGAGAACUUUUCUUCUUCCUGGGACUGGAGCAAGCCAGACCAACUGACUGUCAACGAGUACGAGCCCGGCCAUGGCAUUCCGCCUCAUGUGGACACACACAGCGCAUUUUUGGAUCCCAUUCUGUCUCUGUCUCUGCAGUCUGAUGUGGUUAUGGAUUUUCGGCGUGGUGAAACGCAGGUUCAGGUGAAGUUGCCUCGCCGUUCCCUGUUGAUCAUGUCCGGCGAAGCUCGUUACGAUUGGACGCAUGGCAUUAAGCCCAAGCACAUCGAUGUGGUGCCCACACCCACUGGAAGUUUGACCACACAAGUACGCAGCAAGAGGACAUCCCUUACGUUUAGACGCUUGCGACGAGGCAACUGCAACUGCUCCUAUCCCACGCUGUGUGAUAGCCAACAAUCGAAAGUGCCCCAAGAGUUGUCCACCACAUUGGCCGACCAAGCCGUCAGCCUGGAGCAGCAGAAUGUCCACGAGGUCUACGAUAACAUUGCGAAACAUUUCAGUGAGACGCGGCACACGCCCUGGCCUCAGGUGGCCCAGUUCCUGGAUGGCUUCGACACCGCAUCUGUAGUCCUCGACGUCGGCUGUGGCAAUGGAAAGUACCUCGGUUGCAAUGCGCACGUCCUGGCCAUUGGUUGCGAUCGGUCCCAAGGACUGCUCGCAGUUGGCCGACAGAGGGGUCAGCACCUUUUUCGUUGCGACUGUCUAAAUGUACCCGUGCGCUCGUCAAGCAUUGAUGGGUGCAUCAGCAUCGCUGUUAUCCAUCAUCUGGCCAGUGCGGAACGUCGUCUGGGUGCCCUAAGAGAAAUGGCACGUGUUCUCCGUCUUGGUGGCCAGGCUCUGGUGUAUGUGUGGGCCAAGGAGCAGCGACGCAACGAUAAGAAAUCCGCCUACCUCAGGCAAAACAAGGCCGUGAACAAGGAGCGCACCACCGAACAAGUGCAGCGGCAGAAUCAGCAACAGCAAAUGGAAAAGCAGCCACGGGAUCAUGUUGCCCUGCCUGUGCACACCAACCGCACAGAGUUCCAACAGCAAGAUGUCCUAGUACCCUGGAAGACGAAGGAUGAACAGCGCACCACGUUUCUACGCUACUACCACGUCUUCGAGGAGCAGGAGCUGGAGAAGCUGGUGGCCCAGCUACCAGAGGUUGAGCUUAAAAGGAGCUACUACGAUCAGGGCAAUCAUUGUGUGAUCUUCGAAAGGAAGUAGAUAGCGCUGUAAAGGAGAACGAGUUGUAAUAUAAUUCGUUUAUUUGAUUUCAAAAAUACACAUUAAAUACGAUUUUACUUUGGUUUUGCUUAAAAGCGAAUCAAACAUAAA